GUAGAACGACAGCUGCAGCUUGUUGCUUACUCACCAGGGACCGCUUCUUAUACCUCCAGCUUCCACAGAGCCAUCGCCUCACCCAGUGUCGAAAUGACUUCAAUCGCCAGCCCUAGCCGUGCAGACUUACCAACCCCACCGUCUUCCUCUAUCGCGUCGCAGCAUCCAUCGCCCUUACCACAGCCCCGGAGGCGCCCACUGCAGCCCGGCGGCACGAAAGAGAGCGAGCUCAUCAGAUACCUGGACCAUGGUCUGAAACAAAUUCAAAAACGUGUCGACAACCGCAUCACAAACAGGAAGACGCCCGCACUGUUGGGCCAGGAAGAGGGGUAUGGCGCGUUCUGGGAGGUCGCAAAGCAAUUAGACGGUCUUGUGGACGUCGUUUGGGUCUCAGGGUCACCAAACCUGCAGAUACCCUAUCUCCUCAACAUCGCGGUACUCACGAUCGAUUACCUCCCGCAAUUCCAUAACAACACCCGCUCUACACAUGCCACCUUCAGGCUCCUCGCGAAACUCGAUUAUGCCUUCUCAUCUCUAUUGACGGGCCAUGACUCCUCGAGUGGAGAACAUUUGCCAGGUUUCGAGACAGGCCGCACCGUGGCUACAACGGACAAGGUGCGAUUGAAAGGCAUUGUGGAUCGCACGCGGUUAACGGUCGUGCGUGUGCUAAGUGGAGAAAGCGUCGUAGGGGAGAAUGAAGAGACAGACGAGGGAGACUCAAUGGAUACAGACACAAAUGAGGAUCAGAGAGCAGGAAGUCGGACCGAUCAAGACACUGUGGUAUUUGAGGGAUUUGAGGAUAAUGAGGAUGCCGAUGAAGACGAAGAUUGGGAAGAGCGCAAUAUUGGCAGCAUAUACGAACAAACAAUAGGGGGGCUUGGAGAUGUUCUCGGUGGACCACCCAUUGGAAUCAUCACAGACGAUUGUGGCGUCAAUGGAGCCAACAAACUGAGAAGAGAGCAAGGCUUCGUUGAGUCUGGCGGAGAAACUGAGUAAUGAGCAUCUUGAAGCACAACGCAUGAGCUGCAAGACAGAAGGACCACAUGUGCAGGCUGUAUUGGUGCCCAGCUGUCACAGCUGCUCAGAACUGCCAGCCUCGAAGCUCCCAUGAUUGUACCGACAUGAACAAGCGAGACUUGAGAUGUGGAGUCAAAGAUUUUAGGCCGGAUCAGGACAGAGUCGCCCAUAUGCGCGAGCGAGGCUGCAACGAAAACACCUUCACAGGCCCAACCUACAGACGGAACGACUUCAUAGCCACAAAGAUACCUUAGCACACGCGUUCAUGUCGUUCUUCGGAAGAUUG